GCUGCCCCCGCCAGCGCGCCGCCCGGCCUGGCCGCGGGCUCAGGCUCGGCCGCGGGCGUCCCGGCCCCCGGCCUGGCGAGCAGCAGCGCUGCGGCCCCUUUCCCGCACGGGGAUUCGGCCCUCAACGAGCAGGAGAAGGAGCUGCAGCGGCGGCUGAAGCGCCUGUACCCGGCCGUGGACGAGCAGGAGACGCCGCUGCCCCGGUCCUGGAGCCCGAAGGACAAGUUCAGCUACAUCGGCCUCUCGCAGAACAACCUGCGGGUGCACUACAAAGGUCAUGGUAAAACCCCCAAAGAUGCAGCGUCAGUUCGAGCCACGCAUCCGAUACCAGCAGCCUGUGGGAUUUAUUAUUUUGAAGUAAAAAUCGUCAGUAAGGGAAGAGAUGGUUACAUGGGAAUUGGUCUUUCUGCUCAAGGUGUGAACAUGAAUAGACUACCAGGUUGGGAUAAACAUUCAUAUGGUUACCAUGGGGAUGAUGGACAUUCGUUUUGUUCUUCUGGAACUGGACAACCUUAUGGACCAACGUUUACAACUGGUGAUGUCAUUGGCUGUUGUGUCAAUCUCAUCAACAAUACCUGCUUUUAUACCAAGAAUGGACAUAGUUUAGGUAUUGCUUUCACCGACUUGCCGCCAAACUUGUAUCCUACUGUGGGGCUUCAGACACCAGGAGAAGUGGUUGAUGCCAAUUUUGGGCAGCAUCCUUUUGUGUUUGAUAUAGAAGACUACAUGCGAGAAUGGAGAACCAAAAUACAAGCCCAGAUAGACCGGUUUCCCAUUGGGGAUCGAGAAGGAGAAUGGCAGACCAUGAUUCAAAAAAUGGUUUCAUCUUACUUAGUCCACCAUGGGUACUGUGCCACAGCAGAGGCCUUUGCCAGAUCUACAGACCAGACUGUUCUAGAAGAAUUAGCUUCCAUUAAGAAUAGACAAAGAAUUCAGAAGUUGGUGUUAGCAGGAAGAAUGGGAGAAGCUAUUGAAACAACACAGCAGUUAUAUCCAAGUUUACUUGAAAGAAAUCCUAAUCUCCUUUUCACAUUAAAAGUGCGUCAGUUUAUAGAAAUGGUGAAUGGCACAGACAGCGAAGUGCGGUGUUUAGGAGGCCGAAGCCCUAAAUCUCAAGACAGUUAUCCUGUCAGUCCUCGACCUUUUAGUAGUCCAAGUAUGAGCCCCAGCCAUGGGAUGAAUAUCCACAACUUAGCAUCGGGCAAAGGAAGCGCUACACAUUUUUCUGGUUUUGACAGUUGUAGUAAUGGUGUAAUAUCAAAUAAAGCACAUCAGUCAUAUUGCCAUAGUAAACACCAGUCAUCCAGUUUGAAUGUACCAGAACUCAACAGUAUCAAUAUGUCAAGGUCACAGCAAGUUAAUAACUUCACCAGUAAUGAUGUAGACAUGGAGACAGAUCACUACUCCAAUGGAGUUGGAGAAACGUCAUCCAAUGGUUUCCUGAAUGGUAGCUCUAAACAUGACCACGAAAUGGAAGACUGUGACACCGAAAUGGAAGUUGAUUCGAGUCAGUUAAGACGCCAGUUGUGUGGGGGAAGUCAGGCCGCCAUAGAAAGAAUGAUUCACUUUGGCCGAGAGCUGCAAGCAAUGAGUGAACAGCUGAGGAGAGAAUGUGGCAAGAACACAGCAAAUAAGAAGAUGCUGAAGGAUGCCUUCAGUUUACUAGCAUAUUCGGAUCCUUGGAACAGCCCAGUUGGAAAUCAACUCGACCCAAUUCAAAGAGAACCUGUGUGCUCAGCUCUUAACAGUGCAAUAUUAGAAACCCACAAUCUGCCAAAGCAACCUCCACUUGCCCUAGCAAUGGGACAGGCCACACAAUGUCUAGGACUGAUGGCUCGAUCGGGAAUUGGAUCCUGUGCGUUUGCCACAGUGGAAGACUACCUACAUUAGCUAUGCACUUCAGGAGCUCACACUUACAUUGUGGCAAAUAGGCAACAUGGAAGUAGACCAGCUCUGCUGAUUGGAAACUUAGAUUUUUUUAAUUAUGUACUGGGGACAGGUUUUUGUCGCUUUACAUUGCUUCCUAGUUUACAGCAUGAUGCAAAUGAUUUUCUAACUUAGUGUUAGGAGAAAAUAUUUUCCAUCUUUAACCUCUUAGUUAUCUAAGAGUUAAAUAUUACUGAAUUUCAGACAUUCAAAUUGAUCAUCAGAAAUCCUUUAAAAUAAUUACCUAAAAGAAACCAAAAAAAUCCUGCCUUCUUUGUUGGGGGGAGAAGGGGGAAGGAAAUGGAACAAGUUGUGUUUGUGUAGCAUGUGGGUGAUGUAAACUACAAACUGGGAGAUGUUCCGACCCCCGCUCCUGUAUAAGCAUUCAAUCAGUGUAACUUGCAAAAUGCAUAAACAUCCGACAGUUUGAAUUUAAUAGUGUUGAUGGAAGAAAUCAUUUUUAAUGUGUACUGUAAAACUUGAACUACUCAGGAGCUGAGUGAACAUGUUUGUUGCUACUUACAAUCCCGACCUGUUAGUCCCAGUGGUUUUGUUUUAACAUGGUCUUUUUCAGCUUUGUUUCCUGUUUAACUACAGAUGACUUCUGUUGUAGACUCACAAGUUUAACUGUUGUAUUAUAACAGUAUUACAUGUCAACAGUGUGCUUAUGACCUUUAUUUAUAUAAAAACCAAAUAUUUAGUCAAUUUACCGUGUCUUAAUUUAAUCUUUGUACACCUUCCAUUUUUAAGUGCUUAAAUGAGUACUAUAUUGCAAUAAAAAUGUAGUGAUAUAAUUAACCAGCCAUUAAAAAUUUACUUCUACAGA